AUGAAAGCGAAUAAAAAGAAAUAAGUUCAAUUUGCCAAAGGAACUACCAACAUUCAAGAAAAACCAUUAUCUAUUCAAUAGUGCCACUUUGAUUACAAUUUGAUAAAUGAGAAGGAAUUUGAAAAGAAUUCAAAUUUUUCAGAUUAUGAAUUUUUAUCUGCUUGUAGGGAACUUAUAUAAUGCUAAAAUUGUGCCAAUCAUCUAAUUAGUUAGUAUAAGGAGUUAUAUCAAACUUUUAUGAGUAGAUAAGAAAAAUUCUUGUUUUUAUAAAGUGAUUUAAAGUAAUAUAGAAUGGACUGCGAUGUUCACUCUUAUAACUAGGAUGGUUAAAAACGAAAUGAUAUGGUGAGUGCCAAUAAAUAGAAAUAAUGUCUUAAUUUAUUAGGACAAAAUAGAUUAAGUUUUAUGGAUUUCCCAAAAUAUUUAUUCAAAUCAGGAGAAUUGGAACUAACUAUACGUGCAGAUGUUUUUAAGGCUCAAGUAAAUUACUUUCUUAAAUAAAUGCAAGUAAAUGAGAACAUCAAUAAUGAAAAAGAUAUAAUUAAGCACAUAAAUGAUAUAGUAGAUCCUGAAGACAAUAUCAAUUUCAAUGAAUUUAUUCGAUAAAGAGAUAAUUAAAUAAUAAUUAAUUAUGAUUAUAUUCUUUUCGAUAAAAUUUUAAAAUUUGGUACAACAGUGUUAGAGAUUUAAAUAUAAGAUAAUAUUAGAUUGAAAAUAUUAAGAGCAAUUAGUUCUUUGAUUUUAGAACAAGUUUUAAAUGGUAGGGAUAAAUUUAUUUAGAAGUAUUAUUUAAAAAUAAAUUUCAUAAGAAUUCUAAAAUAAUUAAUUAUUUAAAGAAUUGAAAAUAGAAUUCAAUAAAUAGAAUAUGAGAAAUAAUAAUAAAUGUUUAUAGCUUACAUUGAAUAAGAGGAAAAACAAAUUGAAGCUAAAAAGGAAAAAUAAAGAAAAAAAAGACAAUAACGAAAAAUAAAAAAGAAAGUUAAUUAAUAAUUGGAGUAGUUGGAAGAAGAUGAGGACCCUGAUGAAGACACCUAGAACUUUUGUGGUGAAGUAGAUGUAAAAACCCAAAAAGAUGAAACUUAACAUCCUGACAAAGAAAUUUUGACAGAAUUAUUGAUUCUUAAAAGAAAUAUGAAUGAAAUCAAUCAAAAAAGACAAUAAUUAAGAGAAACAAUUAGAAAAGAGUGGGAAAACUACUAAAAAUAGUUUAAAUCAUUAAAACAAUGA